UGUGAGAACCUCGCUGGAGUGGAAUCAUUAAAAACGGUCCGUGGCUCUUUAAGUAGCGUCUCUGCUACUCUCCGCGGGACACGAUUCUUCAUGCAUCGCUUGCCAAUCUCUUCUCCUCCACCCCACCCCCUCUCUGCCCUAACUUAGUAGUGCAGUGGACGCUCCGUAGCCCUGCUCGCUCCCUCUCUCUCUCUUCUCUUUCUUGAGUCGCGAGAGCAGGAGGAACGGGGGGAAAUAAUAAGAAGGGAAAGAUUACGACGGGGAAGGAAAGGCCAGAUAAGGACCAGGGAGAGCGGCCUAGAGCAGGGAGGGCUGUAGCGGGUUUCAACGGCGCUCUGUCUGUGCUCGCUAUUUAUUUAAGCACCUCGGACAGCAACAACUUUCUGCCUUUUCCUCUCUCUCGUCUAACACAAGGCUUCUUCUUUUUCUUGGUUUAGUGCGCUGGUCAGUGCGAUACGCAGCGCACCUCUGGCCAAUCCCAGAGGCGCGUUCGAGACGACGCGUGCUUAUUUUGUGUCUGGUUGGAGCAAACGCGAGCGCAUGCGGGAGGAGGAGGAGGCGACGGCUGUCCUCUUUUUUUUUUUUUUUUCUACAUCUGUCCGAUGGGCACGUUCAUUGUGGAGCAAAUCCAAUGAGGAGUAGCUGGUUACCGUUUAACACCACCACGUAGUACCGGGGAAAACGGCGUGCAUAGAGGCGACCUGCAGCAGCUCUCGCUGUUUCAACCGUCACGGCCUCUUGUGUUGUUUUGUGUUUGAUUUAUUUUUUGAAGAAUGGAAUAUUAUCAUUGGACAGCUCGCGUUCUGCUCGUCGGUCGCUUCUCCUGAUGUGAGUGAUGGAGUCGUCGCGAGCCCUUGGCUGCUAACUGUUACCAAAGGUCUGGUCGAGAGAAGCGGCGAAACUUGGCGGGCGCGGGAGAGCAGGUCACGGAAUAGAAGAGCGCGAGAACAAGAGGAGAACGCACGAGCUCGAGGUAACAAGGUGGAUCAUAACGCGAGCCGGCGCGCGCCCUGCCGUCCACACACACCACUGGGACACGGAACACAUCACCGUCCGAAGGGGGGCGAGGAGGAAGAGGGGGGAGGAGAACAUCGGCUGAAUUUAUUUUUGGUUUAUCCAAUUUUUUCUUGACAACAACGAACGAGACCGUCGUUGGAACCAGUGACUGUUGAGGAGCAGCGGUUUAGAACAACAACAACGUGUGUGUUGAUCUGCUGGGAAAAAGUAUCCCGACGCCCACCCAGCAGACAGCAGCCCACCCCUCACCUUCGCUUCACCCGUCCACGAGCCCUUCCUUGGCGCCCAUAUACGGUCUCUCCGGUUUGCGAGCCCCGAGACCAGGCUACGAAACGCUCCGGCGCCCCCGCUGCUUCACCGUUUCACUCCGUGCGUUGGCACCGAAUUCCCCGCGUGUGUAUAUUUCCCCCCCCCCUCUCCAUGAUCACCCGGAGCGUCGCGGUGUCUCGAGGAGUAUAGCAGAACCACGCGGAUAGAGACACGACUGAAGAGGAGCCGCCUAUAUGAAGAUGCUGAUGUGUGACCGCGGCGUCCAGAUGCUGGUGACGACGGUGGGCGCGUUCGCCGCCUUCAGCCUCAUGACCAUCGCGGUCGGCACGGACUACUGGCUGUACUCGCGCGGCGUCUGCCGCACGAAGAGCACCAACGACAACGACACGAGCCGCAAGAACGAGGAGGUGAUGACGCACUCCGGCCUCUGGCGGACCUGUUGUCUGGAAGGGACGUUCCGAGGUGUGUGUAAGAAGAUCGAUCACUUUCCGGAGGACGCAGACUAUGAGGCCGAUGCUGCGGAGUAUCUCCUACGGGCGGUGCGGGCCUCCAGUAUCUUCCCCAUCAUGAGCGUGGGCCUGCUGUUCCUGGGGGGGCUGUGUGUGGCCGCCAGCGAGUUCUACCGCAGCCGCCACAACGUCAUCCUCAGCGCGGGCAUCUUCUUCGUCUCUGCAGGCCUCAGCAACAUCAUCGGCAUCAUCGUGUACAUCUCGGCCAACUCGGGCGACCCGGGCCAGAGCGACAGCAAGAAGUCCUACUCCUACGGCUGGUCCUUCUACUUCGGCGCGCUCUCCUUCAUCAUGGCCGAGAUGGUGGGCGUGCUCGCCGUGCACAUGUUCAUCGAGAAGCACCGCAAGCAGCGCGCCAAGUCCCGCACCGAGCUCAUCAAGAAGUCCGCCUUCGGCCGUAUCCCAUCCUACCGCUACCGCUUCCGCCGCCGCUCCAGCGUGCGCUCGUCCGAGGUGCCCAGCCGCGACGCCUCGCCCAUGGGGGGGAAGGGGGGCUACACGGGGCCCGCCGCCUCCGAGAUGCCCAUGUACACGCUGAACCCCCGCGAGGCCGGCGGCGGCGCCAAGACGGCGCUGGGGGGCCUGCUCAACUCGGAGAGAGAUUUUCUGCAGAGCAGCACCCUCACCAAGGACUUCAACAAGGACCCCAACCGCAGGACCACGCCCGUCUGAGCAAAGGGGGAGGGGGCUAGAAAUAUCGCCUGAUUAGAAAACGUUGUUGGUGAU